GCGUCCCAUCCAGUUUUUGCUGCGCUAUCGCCCCGCCCCCUCCCGCUCCGGUGCAGGAGAAGGGGUGUGGCUGUGUGUCCCAGAGAAAUGGCGGACGGGCGGAGCAGGGCAAAAGGAAGGAGUGAUUGAGUGCCUGAGGAGUCUGCCCCGGGGCAGGAGAUUGGUGUGGUUUGGGAGGGGUAAGAAGAGUUCAUGGAAUUGAAAGAUUGUCAUUCUGCUGCGUGAAUACUAGAAGACAGUUAUAGGGACUUCUGUCCGAGUUUCCUCCAUCCACCAGGCUCUCUGCCCUUCAGUCUGUUCUUCGGAUGAAGCUUUCACUGAACUGAAGGAAGAGGAAACAACCCUGAAUCCGUGGAGGUCUGUCUGAAUUUGGGGCCCUGCACAAGUACAGGCCUGAUAGAAAAAAGUAAACUGCUCCUGCUCCCAGCAGGUCCUGCUCGGCUUGCAGUCUGGGCAAAACCUGUGAGCCUGAGUAGAAGUGCCUUGCCCAGACGUGCAAACCGCGUUUAGGCAAGCCAGCUCCACACUGUGGAUCAGAGAAUUACUCCAGCUGCACCAUGAGCCGAGUUCGAGAUGCUGGCUGCGUAGCUGCCGGGAUAGUGAUCGGAGCGAGUGCCUGGUACUGUGUCUACAAAUAUGCCAGGGGAAGAAACCAGACAAAGAAAAGACUGGCCAAGCCUAAGACCAGGGCUAUGGCUGGAACCGGAGCCAGGGCUAGAGCCAGACUAAGGGCUGGAUUCACAAUUGACCUUGGGCCAGGAUUCGGCCCUCCAACCCCAGUCCGCACUCAGGCGGAGAACAGGGCCCAGGAAGAAGCCUCUGCUCUGGACACAGCUGGAGCUGAGGCAGUGGCCCCAGCUGCCACCGGUGCUGAGGUACAGAGUGGGGCAGGACAUCAGGUCCAAGAGGCAGAAGGGGCAGGGGCUGGGCCUAAGGCUGAACCAGUAAUGGGUGCCACAGGGACUUCCUCAAUGGCAUCACCUCCCAGGGAGGCAGAGGCUUCCGUGGCUGCAGAGGCCCCCACAGUGGCAAGGGCUCCCAAGUUGCCAGAGGCCCCUGGCACAGCAGAGGCUCCCGGGGUGCCAACGAUGCCUCCAAGGGUGCCAGCGCCUACCGAGGCCACAGUACCUAUGGAGGCUGUGGAGGCUCCUGUACCCACACCACCUACUGCUGUUCCAGUGCCUUCUGGGGCUGCAGAGGCUCCUGGGACUUCAGGAUCCCCUAGAUCAGUGGCACCCUCCAAGAAAGCGACCCCUGGGGCUCAUACCGGCGCUAUACCUAAGGCUGGGUCAGCAACCGGAGCUGUACCCAAAGGUGGAGCCAAAGGAACCAGGUCUCGGACUGGGGGCAAGGGCAAAGGCAAGAAAAACAAGGUUGAAGUGGAUGAAUUGGGGCUGGGCUUCCGCCCUGGGGAUGGGGCUGCAGCAGCUGCUGCAGCAUCCGCUAAUGGGGGACAGGCUUUCCUGGCAGAGGUCCCCGAUUCUGAGGAAGGGGAGUCCGGGUGGACUGACACAGAGUCAGAGUCAGACUCUGAGCCUGAAACGCAGCAGAGAGGAAGAGGGAGGAGACCUGUCCCCAUGCAGAAGCGCCCCUUUCCUUAUGAAAUAGAUGAGAUUCUCGGUGUCCGAGACCUCAGGAAAGUCCUUGCGUUGCUUCAGAAAUCGGAUGAUCCUUUCAUCCAACAGGUAGCUUUGCUCACCCUGAGCAACAAUGCCAACUAUUCGUGCAACCAAGACACGAUUCGAAAAUUGGGAGGCCUCCCGAUUAUUGCAAACAUGAUCAACAAAACUGAUCCCCACAUUAAGGAAAAAGCCUUAAUGGCCAUGAAUAACCUGAGUGAGAACUAUGAAAAUCAGGGCCGACUUCAGGUCUACAUGAAUAAAGUGAUGGAUGAUAUCAUGGCCUCUAACUUGAACUCAGCAGUACAGGUAGUUGGACUGAAAUUUUUAACAAACAUGACUAUUACCAAUGACUACCAGCACCUGCUUGUCAACUCGAUUGCAAACUUUUUCCGUUUGUUAUCUCAGGGAGGUGGAAAAAUUAAGGUUGAGAUUUUGAAAAUACUUUCGAAUUUUGCUGAAAAUCCAGAUAUGUUAAAAAAACUGCUCAGCACCCAAGUGCCAUCAUCAUUUAGUUCCCUUUAUAAUUCUUAUGUGGAAUCAGAAAUUCUUAUUAAUGCCCUUACUCUAUUUGAGAUCAUCUAUGACAAUCUCAGAGCAGAGGUAUUCAACUACAGAGAAUUUAAUAAAGGUUCCCUUUUUUAUUUAUGUACCACAUCUGGAGUGUGCGUUAAGAAAAUUCGAGCCUUAGCAGAUCACCAUGACCUCUUGGUGAAAGUGAAAGUUAUAAAACUGGUGGACAAAUUCUGAUUGGCUAUGUGCUCUCAAACGACUUGAAGAAAUUUCUUGGUGUUCCAGUCUGGAAGCAAUGAAAAUUGAAAGUUGCUACUUUUCCACUUGUUCAUAUAGUAAAGGGAUCCUUUCAGCCACCAGUUUGAAUAAUGUAUCAUCCAGAAUGAUGUUAUCUGUGACAGUCUCCAGCUUUUAUGAAUACCAAAUAAAUAAUCCUCUUAAACUGAAAACACAUUUGUGACUUUAAUCGUGCUGCUCGAAUGGAAAUAUUUUUACUGGUUCCUCUAUGUGAAUUGACAGAGUGAAUCUGUCCAUCAUAUAUAGCCUACACUUUUAUCAUUUGUUUUGACUUGAAUUUAUCCACCAAAGACUUCAUUUGUAUAUCAUCAAUAAAGGUGUAUGUUUUGACUGAC